CGCUGUUAUAUGUAUCUAGACCUCAGAUUAAUUGUACUAUAAAUACAUGACCCUCUCUUUGUUUCCUAUCUCAUAAAGCCUUCUUUCAUCUCAUUUUCAUACACUUUAUUCGUUUCUUAAUUUCCUACUCUUCUCACCUGAGAAUUUAAUUUGUCAUUUAGACAUGGAGCUUAGUUUUAAGCACCAACUUGGCCUUGUUUGUGUCAUAAUGCUCUUUCCUGCACUGUGUUUCUGCCAGGAAUAUACUAAAUCCAGAGCAACCUUUUAUGGUACCUCUGAUGGCUAUGGGACUCCAACCGGAGCUUGUGGCUUUGGUGAAUAUGGAAGAGCGAUGAAUUGGUAUGAUGGAAGAGUCGCAGGGGUGUCUGAUCUAUGGAGGAAUGGAGCUGGCUGUGGAACAUGUUAUCAGGUAAGGUGCCUAGUACCAGAAUUAUGUGAUACGAAUGGAGCAUACCUGGUGGCAACAGACCAAGGUUAUGGAGACAGAACAGACUUUGUCAUGAGCCCACGCGCCUUCUUGAAAUUGGGACGUGAUGAAUAUUCAUCUGAAGAGCUUAAGAAAUACGGCACAGUGGAUAUUGAAUACAAAAGGGUUCCAUGCACAUACACCGGCAAUGUCUUGUUCCACAUCAAGGAAACUAGCACCAACCCUGGUUACUUUGCUUUGGUCAUUCUCAAUGUAAAUGGAAUACACGACGUCACUGCUGUUGAAUUGUAUCAGAUGGGACAAUGGAAGUCACUUAACAGGAACUAUGGAGCAGUGUUUGACUUUCCUAACCCACCAAGUGGCGAAAUCCGGUUAAGGUUUAGGGUGAGUGGCAUGUCUGAUUGGGUGGACCCCAUGAUUGUCAUACCCAGUAACUGGCAGCCUGGAAAUACUUAUGCCACCAAGGUUCAGCUUAAAUAGAAAGAAUCCCAGGAACAGAUUACAAAUAAUAGGCACUAGAGUAUAUUCAGUUUGUUUCUUAUAUGGUGUCACUCAAUGUUCUAUUGUGGAAAGGGACUAGAAUAAAGGGAUAUUCAUGUACUUCCCAUUUAAGAUUACAUGUAAUAAUGAAUCAAAUAAAAUUGUCCUGUUGUUGUUAACUUCAGGUAUGUGUUCGGGAUAA